CCUGACGGUUAAGAGAUGGUACCUCAAGUUACUGCCUCUUCUCAGCAUCUCUGAACGCAUCUUCGGACUCGGCUGAAGAGAGGGAGCCUGCGCCAGCAGGGCCUUAUUUAUCAUUAAGAAGAUUAACAUUAUGGCCAAGAACCGAAAAGAAAGAAACAGCUGGGGUGGUUUCUCAGACAAGGGGGCGUAUGACUGGAGCUCUGAGGAAGAGGAGCCCGUAACACAAGCAGAGCCAGUCCAGGUCCUCAUUGUUAAAGAUGACCAUUCCUUUGAGCUGGAUGAAGCAGCACUCAACAGGAUCUUGUUGUCUGAGGCCGUUCGGGACAGAGAAGUCGUGGCUGUGUCGGUGGCAGGAGCCUUCCGCAAAGGCAAAUCCUUCCUCAUGGACUUCAUGUUAAGAUAUAUGUACAACCAGGGCUCUGAAGACUGGCUGGGCUCCCCAGAUGAUCCUUUGACUGGCUUUUCUUGGAGAGGGGGGUCUGAACGUGAAACCACUGGCAUCCAGAUCUGGAGCGAGGUUUUUCUAGUUGACAAGCCUGACGGCACGAAAGUGGCAGUUUUGCUGAUGGAUACACAGGGCACAUUUGACAGCCAGUCAACACUGCGAGAUUCCGCCACUGUCUUUGCUCUCAGCACAAUGAUCAGCUCCAUGCAGGUUUAUAAUAUAUCCCAGAAUGUGCAGGAGGAUGAUCUGCAGCAUUUACAGCUUUUUACCGAGUAUGGCAGACUAGCUAUGGAAGAGACCUUCUUGAAGCCAUUUCAGUCUAUGAUAUUUCUCGUGAGAGACUGGAGUUUCCCAUAUGAAUUCCUGUACGGACAGGAAGGUGGUAUGAAGUUCCUGGAGAAAAGACUGAAGAUCUCAGAGAAUCAACAUGAGGAACUGCAAAAUGUGCGAAAGCACAUCCACUCUUGUUUCACCAACAUCUCCUGCUUUCUCAUGCCUCACCCAGGCCUUAAAGUUGCUACCAACCCACACUUUGAUGGCAGACUGAAAGAAAUUGAUGGGGAGUUUAUCACAAACCUGAAAGUGCUGGUCCCCUGGCUCCUCUGUCCACAGAACCUGGAUGUCAAGGAGAUCAAUGGUAACAAAAUUACUUGCAGGGGCCUUGUGGAGUACUUUAAGGCCUACAUAAAGAUCUACCAGGGAGAAGAGCUGCCCCACCCCAAGUCAAUGCUGCAGGCCACAGCAGAGGCUAACAACCUGGCAGCUGUUGCAGCAGCUAAAGAUUUGUACACAAAGAAGAUGGAGCAGGUCUGUGGAGGAGAUCGCCCCUUUCUGGCACCCAGUGAGCUGCAAGCACGACACGGCGACCUAAAGGAUGAAGCACUAAGACUGUUCCGCAGUGUCAAAAAGAUGGGUGGAGAAGAGUUCAGCCGGCGAUACCUGCAACAGCUGGAGACCGAGAUUGAUGAGGUUUUUCUUCAGUAUAUCAAACACAAUGACUCCAAGAACAUCUUCCAUGCGGCUCGCACCCCUGCUACACUUUUUGUAGUCAUUUUUGUCAUGUACGUUGCAGCUGGUAUCACUGGGUUUGUAGGAGUUGAUGUUAUUGCCAGCCUGUGUAACAUGAUUUUGGGCCUGGCACUGAUCACAUUAUGCACGUGGGCCUACAUACGCUACUCUGGUGAAUACCGAGAGUUGGGAGCUGUCAUUGAUCAAGUGGCUGGGGCACUCUGGGAUCAGGGAAGUACAAAUGAGGCUCUUUAUAAACUGUACAGCGCUGCAGCCAAUCACCGGCACUUGUACCAUCACGCCUUCCCUGUGCCACUGACAGAGGAUGAGGAGCACAAAGCAAAGGAUAACUGAUGUGGCAUUUGUCUGAAUCUUGUGAAGGAACUAAAACGCCCGAACACAGAGAAAUGUGAGGUACCUGACAGCAUUGUGGGGAGGAAAAAAAGGGGGGAAAAAACACACCACAAUUAAAUGAAAAUCACAACAGUCCAGAAAGAAGACGCCUGCACUUCAAACUACAAAGCAUCACCACCAACAUGAGCCUAAAAACACACAACAGAGGACUGCGAUCAACCCAAUGAAACCAAAUCUAGAAAGUGCCACCACAGAUUUGGAGGACUACAGUAAAACGUUAAGCCAGCUAAGCGCCAAAAGAAAUCAGAGACCAAAAUAAAAAAUUAACAUUCCAAGAAGAUGAGCAGGGAGUAAUUGAUUUGUAGGCCCACAAAGUGAAAACAAAAAAAAUCCAAGUCAGUAAGCCCUAGUGACAUGAAGUUACCAAGAUUUCCUUCAUUUGAACCAAUGGAGGAGCCACCAAAACAAGAGAGGAAACCACAAAGGUGGAACUAAAAGAUCAAUUGUGGAUGGGAAUGGCGCUGAAGUGUAGGACUUGUCACAGCAAUGAGGCCCAACUCCAGCCUUGUACUUGACGAUUCUCCGUUUCUUAGCGUGCAUGAGACACAGAAAGCAUUUGUUCCAUUUUGUUUUUUCGAUGUACUACAGUCUAGUAUGUGUUACCUCUGUAAAAAUGCUGUAUAUUUGCAGGACCAAUGUGACAUAAUCACCUGAUAUUUUAAGUGCGUCCGAAGGCACAGAGGGAGGCGCCUGUUCGUGAAGGUUUUGUUGUUCUUUUGUGUUGACUUAUUGCGGCUGCCUAUGAAAGUGCGUGGCGGGUGUUUUAAAUUGGGCAGAUAGCACAACGUUGCGGUCUAAAUGCAUGUUAUCUUUAGGCCAGCUAAGCACUGACUCUUAACAGGGAGAUGCAAGCCCUAAUCACCCGCUUACCUGUCAGAAACAAGCCACCAAAAUUGUCGAGAAGUGGUCCACCAGGUGCCUUUGAGCAUCCCAGUGAAAUCUAAGAUUAAUAAAACAUUGUGCCCUAUGGGACCAUGACGAGUUUGCCUGCUUGAUGUUACUUUUCACAAAUUUGCAAGCGAUAAAAACCCUGCUGUUCUAAGAAGGAGACGUUUGAGUAGACGCGAUCAAUCCUGUGGUCAUGCUCCUUGCUAGUUUCCCGUGGCCAGACAUGAUUCUCAAAUGAGAAUACGUGUCCAGGGACAACUGGUUAAAAACAUUCGUAGUGAACAGUAGCGAAAUCCGGUGCGGUAAUGGCUACACACAGAGCCCUUCGUCCUAAAACACCCGCCUCUGAUUCCUUCAGUCUGUACACUAAACUGAACUGUUGGGGUUCAGGGAGAGAGCAAAAGAAACUGAAUAAAAGACUUGAGGCUGAAAGGAAAUAAAAAGCCAAAACUGCUCUUAUCCAUUCAUGAGCUCAGUAGCACAAGAUAAGACACGUAGACCACUGCAGGUACUUGAAUCCAUGUCUUUGAGAAGCGCUUCUGUCAUUUUGAUAAUUGUAUCUCCAUGUGGCAUAACAGCAGCAAAUUGCGUUUAGUUGUGCAUUGUAGUCUAAGAUGUACAACGUGUUCAAACGCCAUGGCUAUUCUGGUAUUGGCAGAUUUUGGAUUUCCAAUUAGUAAUUUUACAUUUCUUUAGUUAUUUGUUUAGACACACAGUCAAGCAGUGGGUACUGUCCAGUCUUUGCCGUGAUUUACUGGUGUUUUGAGUACUGAAAUCUGCAUCUCCUGAGGCUCUUCAUUAUCAGCUCUCUUAAAGGCAGUCCAUUUUAUGGGGUGUGACACGCCGUUUACUUCAAAUGUGUAUUUUGCAGUUCAUAUUUUCAUGAAUAUAGAUGCCAGUUCUUUCAAGCCCACAUCAACUCCUACACUGUCGUUGUAAUGCUGAACAACAGACAGCACCCAUAGCACAUGUGACAAUGUAUCAUUCACGUUUCCCAUUCGUCGAAUGAUUCUGUCAAAUGCCAAUGUAUAUUCUGAUGCUACAGAAAGGCUUUUCCUUUGCAUCGAGUUAUAUUUAUUUUUAAAAUGUGUAAUGUGCUCCCUGCACAUAUGACACACAUUUAUAUGUCUAAUAGAUUUUCUUCCAGGAGAUUUUUCAAUGGUAGACGGUUCUUUGUAAUCAGAAGCUUAACAAGAGCACCUCUGAUCUUUGCAGUUCAAAAUCACCGCCCCUACUUUCAGUUCCUCCUUCAUGAGGCAGCAGAUUGGUUUAGAAAUGUGACACUCGGUAAGCCGUCUGAUUGUUCCCACCCUGUUUUAAGCAGAACUCACUGAUGAUUGGCUCAGCGACACAACCUCCUUGCAUACACGAGGCCGUAUCAGACCAGGUGUCACGCCUCAGCAGGGUGUAUACACAACGGCAGAAAGACAAGACGUGUUUCAUGUUGUUUGGCCAUGCAAGUAAGUAUUUCACUGUAUUUGUACACGGGACUGCUAGGGCUACACACCGCCACCAACUGUACAUGUCGGUUGUCAAAGGAAACACAGCCACACCUAAAAGCAGCAAAUGUAGCAUUAAAAACAUAAAAGGAAAGUUCUCGAUUCCAGUCAAGUGUAUCGCUAAAGGAUCUCGAUGACACUGGCUGGAGACAGAAGCCGAUAACAGAAAGAACAUUGAUAGACAUUUUGCAUCAGAUGAUUUUUCCAGCGAUUUUCAGCCAUAGCCUUCAUUCACACAAUCUUAGUGAGUUGGAGGCGGCUGGCAGUGCGCUCCCAUAAAUCCCAUCGCAUAAUGUGACAUACCCAGCGAUUCACUCCAACUAGGCCAUAACAAGCUGUGACAAAAUGAAACACGUUGGACUGUUCCUUUAGACAUGGGGCAGCUCUGUGUGCAUGAGAACCGACAACCAAUGAAUGCUCAUCCAGAGGAAUGUUUGGACCUCACAAACAGAAGACAAGCUUGUCUGUCCAAUGUCACGUUUUACGUGCCAUCAAAGAAUAGACAAUGAAAAAAGGGUUGAGGUUGCCGCUGAUCUUGCCGUACCUGCUAACCCUUUGUGCAGUGAUGGCUCCAUCUGACAGCACGCUAUUGGCUGGGAGAAAAGAGGGCAUGAAUGACUGUGAUGGCACUGAGUUGAUAAAUAUGACAUGCCAAGCAGUUUUGAAUCAUGUAAACUGACAACGAGAUCAGUGACUGCGGUAGGUAAAUCUGACAAACCCCACAUACCUAGAUUUUAAAGGAGCAGAUGGUGCGAGAACUUUGUUCAUAAGAGAUGUGUGAGGUGUGAGCUGCGUUUCCCUUCCUGAACAAGGGUAGUGAAGGCGGCAUCCCUUUAACAUUUUCAAGCCAUUGGUACUAAUGGUGACUGUGAAUAAAAUCUCAAAAGGCUGAAGUCUCCCCUCCAGUACUUCACUGCCAUUGCUAACUCAAUGACCACUUGCCACUGUCCGCUUUACCAGUUUUUCUCUCUUAGCUGCAGCUCUGAUAAUUAUAAAUGGCUAGACUGGCAGUGGGCUCUCAGACCAGUGAGCGCCAAGGCACUUUUACCCGCCUAACGUGACAAAUCUGGAGAACAAUACAACGAUAUGGAGAUUCAGGGCAUUCUGCGCUGUAUACACCAUGACACGUGCUCCAUCUUUUUUGAGCUAAAGUUAAUAAAUUGUAUGAUGUA